CGUAACACGAUGUACAUGUAUAAUUUAUUACGGAUCGGCUUACUGUUUUUCUUGAGCAUGGAUUCAAAGGUACAAGGGACUUGUCCAACUGUCGUCGGUGGAAUGCUAAUUUCAAGACCGAGUUUAGAUGGCACCGGGGUAACAUUAUUGAAUAUUGGAAAUACCAUAACCUGCGAUGGAUUUGUGACAGGUUGGCGAUUCUUUCCAGUCCAGUCGGAGGAGUUGAUAGCGCUGGUCUUUCGUCCGCACGUCGUUAGUGACGGAAAAUAUGUUGUUGUUGGACGAACAAUUAUACCAGCGCAAACGAAAUUGAAUCAGAUUCGCGACCAUAAACUACAAGACUUUGAUUGGAUACCAGUACUAAAGGGUGACGUCAUAGGAUUCAAGUUUUAUAAGGCUUCAUUGCCAUAUAAUGUUGGUGACCCUGCGUCUUCUUCAUUCCUAUUCACCAAUUCGAUUUCUAAACAUGAAUUGUUAAAAAGAACCAUUCACACUAUUGACUCUCAACCAAGAUACCGAAGCUAUUCUUUUCAAGCCGUUUUGAAAGAUUCGUAUAUACCAUGUCACAUUAUUAAUUGGCCAUUAAUGAAGGUAAAGACUGGUGUUGCACAUGCAUCGAGAAUUUGGAUGGAUGAUUGGAACAAGAUUAAGUGUCCUGGUACGAUCACUGGAUGGCAGUUUAUUGCAGGUGGACCCGGAGACAUCAUUGCUCUAGUUUACAGAUCGGUGAACGCAGAUAAUAACAUUUAUGAAGUCGUUGGUAAAACAAUGAUUCCUUCACCUGCAGAGCGCGAUGUAGUUAAAAAAUUCAAGCUUACAUAUUCUCAGCAAAUAGACGUUAUACCAGGGGAUAAAAUCGGUCUAACGUACACAGAUGCUGCACUGUAUGUAUUUGAAACUUUUUCUGAUGUUACAACGGUUUAUAAGUUUACUAACAAACCAACUAAUGUGGAGGUUGGAACUCAGGUCCAGUUUACAGACCAUUAUUUCCGACGGUUUGCAUUUGAUGCUAUUUUAGAUAAUAAAGAGCUAACGUACGUGCAUCAGUCCACAAACUUUUCGAAGGAUUAUAAACUUCAAAACCAUAACAUCAAAAGUAUGACGAGCAGAAGUCCGACGACAUGUGUCACAGAAUGUCUCAACACCGAAGAAUGCCAUUCAGUCAACUACAACGAAGAUCGCAUGACGUGCGAACUGAAUGACGCUACCGUAGAGGAGGAUUCUGGGAACUUUGUUGCAGAAGCUGGGGAAAGAUACAUAGAAACAAGUCGUAAACUGACGAAUGUGGCCGGUAACUGUGCAUUUGUGGACUGCGGUCCCGGCAACAUUUGUGUCGAUGUUCCUGAUGCCGUGGGGCAGCAUUUGUGCAUGUGUUCAUCAACUGGAUACCUAGCUCAUGUAUGCCCAUCCGAUGAAUGCGUUGCACCUUUGGGAAUGGAAAGUGGCAAGAUUUUUGACAGUCAGUUAAGUGCAAGUUCUAAGAAUGCUAACAAAUAUGGAGCUAAAUGUGGUCGACUGAAUUCAAAACACUCCAGCGCCGGCAGUUGCAACUGUUGUUGGCUUUUUGAAUCUGCUAGCGAUACACAAGCUUGGAUUAAAAUAGAUAUGCUGAUAGAACACAACAUCACAGGAAUUCAGACACAGGGAAGACCGGGACACGACCACUGGGCCAAGCUCUACACUAUUAGCUAUAGCAAAGUGAACGAGCUCGGUGACACUGUAAUCACAGAUGGCUACGGACGUGCAAAGAUGUUUGACGGAAACUGGGACAGGAAUGGUGUACGAACGCAUUAUUUUAACCCAGUGAUACAAGCUGUUUCUAUAAAAAUAAAUGUCAAAGUAUGGAAGAACUUUCUUGCUAUGCGUGUAGAAGUUCUAGGCUGUAGGAUUGGUAAUGAAUGGGUUCGAGCAUUCAAAGGGGUCAGCCUACCGACAGGUGGUACUAGUAUUUACGAAGCUUGGAUUUCCGGUUCAGAAUCGUCCAAUUACCACGCCCACAGGUUUCUCCUCAGCAAUACGCAUUACAGAAACAAAGCUAUAUUUACCAAUUGGGCAGCUUUUGGUAUUACUAAGGUGAGACUGACGUUAUUUUCUGCAUUGAAUGAGGAACUGUUGUCAAUUAUUUUCAACGGUGUUGGCACGACAACCACGUCCUGGUUCACAAGUGAAAACAUCGAAAGUUCGCCAUGGGACGACAUUAAAAGCGCUACCUAUAAUUACUUUUCUGUGAUUGGAGAUGCGAGUAGAGGAAGGAGAUUCUUCAUAAAUAAACACUACGGGGGCUGCGGAUACGACAAUGGAUGGUUGAUUGUUAAAGAAGGGGCUUAUUGUAAAGUAUGGGAAGGUUACAACACCAGUCCCAGAAUACUGUAUAGUCGUGCACGUUCAAGUCAAUUUUGGUUCUCAGGAGACGUUGGUACAGCAAGAGCGAUGACUAUUGAUGUGAAAUUUGGAUAAAAAUGCUGACUUCCUCUUGCCUAGAAGAAAUUACAUUUUGAUAGACACCAUAAUUGUAAACUUGCUAAUGUUUCUUAGCUGUCUGGUUCAUGUUGUUUUUAGAAAAUUACUAAUUGUUUUACACGUACACGUCACAAUUUACCAACUUGGUUUACCACAUGAUUUGUGCUGAGAAUAUAAAACGCAACGUUACUUCAUACUUAUAUGCAAAUGUCGGAAAGUUAAGCCCCGUCCACACUACCAAAUUUUAUUUGAUUUAUAUAUGGACAUACAGCAGUUUUUUUUGUCAAAGAAUAUUUGAUAGUGUGAACAGAGCUUUAGAUAUUAUAUACGACCUCUCUUACGUCACAUCCUCCGCCUCCUCCUAUGAAAAUCUCUCCCUGGCUCAUAUGUAAUUUUCUUGGUUAGUUUAGAAUAGCUGCUGAGACCGAAUAUACCCCUCUUAAAAUACUUACAAAUCCGAUUAUCAUUAGUGUUUAUUACUUACUUAGGCCUUUAUUAGUAGUGGGAGGGCGGAGGGGAAGAAGCAAUUUUAACUAUGAAUUUUCUGAUAACUUCGGGAAUACCUGUAUAGAUGUAAUUUUGCCCUACCUGACGUGGAAAUGUACCGAAUACUCAGUACAUUUGAAAACAACUGCGAAAAAAAUCGCAAGUUGUUCUCGGGUGGUACUCGAACC